CGUUUGGAAAGAAGCUUCAACGGGCAUAUAAAACCCUUCAUCAUAAAAUACAUGUAUGUUUUUCCCCUGGCCAGUUGUGUCUGCAACUAAUUAUUUGCUGGCUUCACAUACCGUAAAGUGUCGCUUCUUUUGUUGCAACUUUUCAACGGCGCAGAACAUGCGUGGAUGUACAUCAAAAUGACGAAUUGCACAAGUAACAACCAGCAAUUUUACUUGAAGAAGAGGCUGUUCUAUAUGUACCCGGGCAAUGUUCUCAAAUGUCCAAAUCCCUAACAUUACUUGAGCGUGGGACGGUCAUUUUUUCGCAUGAAUUACAAACGGAUUUGGGUCGGAUUUGUCGUUCCUUAAGAUUCAGGAUGAGAAAACCCAAAGUUAAUCGGAUGGUUCUUGCGAUGUGCUUGGGGUGUUUUAUAAUGGUUAUACUCUAUUUUCAGAGCAACUUGAAACCAGCCUCAGCACAGGGUAGUGGGAGGAGCAGCGGCCAGGGGAAGUCAUGGAGGAGUCCACUCCAGACGCUCUAUGACAGUGACCAGCUGGAGCAGUCGACGGUGCAGGUGACCCACCAGGGUCGGCGGGAGCUGCUGGAGGACGCCUGCCGCUCGUACACGCGCAAGCGCCGCGUGCUCAUCCCCGAGGACCUCAAGCACGUCAUUGUGGAUGACCAACACGGCCUGCUCUACUGCUACGUGCCCAAGGUGGCCUGCACCAACUGGAAGCGUGUCCUAAUGGUCCUGACAGGCGCCGCUGGCCCCCACCGCGACCCCCUCGCCAUCCCCGCCAAUGAGGCCCACGUGCCUGGCAACCUGCGCACCCUCUCUGAGUAUUCCACCUCUCAGAUCAACCAGCGACUGCGCUCCUACCUAAAGUUUGUGUUCGUGCGUGAGCCCUUUGAGCGGCUCGUUUCGGCUUACCGCAACAAGUUUACACGCAGCUACAACACGGCCUUCCACAAGCGCUACGGCACCAAGAUCAUCCGCCGGCACCGGCCCAACCCACAGGCCGAAGCGCUGGAGCGGGGAGACGACGUCUCCUUCGAGGAGUUUGUCUACUACCUGGUGGACCCGGCCACACAGCGCGAGGAGCCCUUCAACGAGCACUGGGAGCGCGUGCACUCGCUUUGCCACCCCUGCCUCAUCCACUACGACGUGGUGGGCAAGUACGAGACGCUGGAGCAGGACUCCCGCUACGUGCUGCAACUGGCUGGGGUGGAGGGCCAGGUGACUUUCCCUGCCUCGGCCAAGAACACCAGGACUACGGGAGACAUGGCCGCUCAGUUCUUCAACAACAUCAGCCCCUUCUAUCAGAAGAAGCUGUAUAACCUCUACCACAUGGACUUCCUGCUGUUCAACUACUCCACGCCGGAGUACCUGAAGUUUUGAUGACGUUACGCUUCUUAGGAGGAGCCUUAGUUUGAACCAUCUAGCAUAAGCACUACGUCAUGUAGUUGGAAGCGUGACAUUGUGCCCGGCACCACUAGCUUAUUGCUUGUGAUGUAUAGCUGAUGUCAGCUCUUCUGGCGGCUUUUAACAGCUGUUGCUUAUAACAACAUUAUGUAUAACCUGUGACAGAGGGUUCAAAAGAAGUGGUACAGACACUUUUAACAUGGGUCCCGGGACUCUUCAAAGCACAGUAAUGUUUAUUACAGAGAGGACUAACCUGGUGAAAUAUAAGGAACUAAUGAUAUCUUUCAUAUCAAAAGUGAGAGUGGCCUUAAGAUGAGACAAUGGGGAAUGGACACUUAAGAUGAAGAUGUUGUACUGUUAGCAAUGAGCCGAUGGAGAUUAAAUGAUUGCUUCUGUAUGUGUAAAAUGCACCUCAAGUGCACAUUAACUCAAAAUGACCAAACUUUGACACUACCAACAAACUUUGGUUACAAUUAUUAUUUUUUCUUUCAAAGUUUAUUUUGUCACCACCCUUCUACAGUAAGACUAAAAGGAGCGCAGGCUAUCUGAAGUAAUAGGGGUGCUGAACGUCUCUCUAUUAGUGCCUUAUGACUUAAAGGUGUAUGACAUCCUCUGGAAAUUAGUGUUUUCCUUAUACUGUAGAGAGUUGACUCUCAUUGGACGGUUUAUUUAUUGUGAUAUUUGUGUCCCAAUGUCAACAAACUGCAGAUAGACCACACAUUUAGACAUUAGGAAUAACUACCAUAACCUCAGACAGUCAAAUAAACACAUUUAAGCAGUU